GGGCGGCAGACGCCGCCGCGACCUGCUCCUCUCAGCCCAGCUCAGCUCAGCCGCGCUCUCCCCGCCUCUCGCCCCGCUGCCAUGGGGUAGGGGGGCGGCGGUGGCGCGGGGGCACGCCGUCAGGCUGCGGCCGCCGGCGGAGCGCGGAGCGGCGCCCCGCGGUAGCGGGGGGCGAGAAGGGCAGCCGCGGCGGGGCUGGCGCGGGAGGCCGGGCACGGGGGGCUGCCCCGGUGCGAGCGCGGCGGCGGCGGCAGGCGGAGAGAUGAUCGCGGAGUUGUUGAGCAGCGCCCUGGGGCUCGCCCUGUACCUCAACACCCUGGGCGCCGACUUCUGCUACGACGACAGUCGAGCUAUCAAGACAAACCAGGACCUUCUGCCUGAGACGCCAUGGACCCAUAUCUUCUACAAUGACUUUUGGGGGACACUGCUCACUCACAGUGGGAGCCACAAGUCAUACAGACCUCUCUGCACACUCUCCUUCCGCAUUAAUCAUGCUGUUGGAGGGAUGGAUCCGUGGGGCUACCAUCUUGUAAAUGUCCUGUUACAUGCUGCAGUCACAGGCCUUUUCACAAACUUCUCCAGGAUCCUCUUUGGGGAUGGAUACUGGACCUUGAUAGCAGGCCUGCUGUUUGCAUCUCAUCCAAUCCACACGGAAGCUGUAGCGGGGAUUGUCGGGAGGGCAGACAUUGGAGCCUGCCUCUUCUUUCUGCUUUCCCUGAUGUGCUACGUGAAGCACUGCUCUACCAGAGGUUCCUCGCCAAUUACUUGGGGCUGGAUCUUGGGAGCGGGACUGUGUGCAGGAUGCAGCAUGCUGUGGAAGGAGCAAGGAGUGACUGUUCUGGCUAUUUCAGCAGUGUAUGAUAUCUUUGUAUUUCAUCGACUGAAAAUGCAUCAGAUCAUUCCUGCUUUAUACAAGAGAAAGAAUUUGACCCUCUUCUUCAGCAUUGGUUUAUUGAUCUCCUGGGGGACUGCACUGCUGGGUGUCCGCUUAUACUGGAUGGGCAACAGGCCCCCAAGUUUUUCCAAUUCUGACAAUCCAGCAGCUGACUCGGACAGUUUUCUCACACGUACGCUGACCUUCUUCUACCUGCCAACCAAGAACCUCUGGCUUUUGUUGUGCCCAGAUACCCUCAGCUUUGACUGGUCUAUGGAUGCUGUGCCUCUUCUGAAAACAGUCAGUGAUUGGAGGAAUCUACACACUGUGGCCUUCUAUACUGGACUUCUCCUCCUUGCCUACGUUAGCUUGAAGGGCCCCAGCAAUGAGAGAGAAUGCAAUGGGAAAACUGUAAUGAACGGCAAGCAGAAUGCUAAUGGGCAUAGCUGCCACUCAGAGAUGGACUACAAGAUGCUGGAGGUGAAGUCAAGCUUUGCAUCAAAAGAAGAGAAUGGCAUAAAAAAGCAUGAAAUGCAGAAACUGCAGCUUCCUUCAACUGAGAACAUUGUCAUUCUGUCUCUGUCUUUGUUAAUAGUGCCCUUUGUUCCUGCCACAAACCUAUUUUUCUAUGUUGGCUUUGUAAUAGCAGAGCGUGUGCUGUAUGUUCCUAGUAUGGGCUUCUGCCUACUGGUUACAGUAGGUGUCAGGGCCCUUUAUGUCAAAGUCCAAAAGCGGUUUCUGAAGAACUUGGUUUUGUGUUCCACUGCUGCAGUAAUUGUUUUCUAUGGACUGAAGACUGUUGUCAGGAAUGGGGACUGGCAAAAUGAGGAGAUGCUGUAUAGGUCAGGAAUACAAGUAAACCCUGCUAAAGCAUGGGGUAACCUUGGAAAUGUUCUCAAGAGCCAGAGCAAGAUUUCUGAAGCUGAAAGCGCCUAUAGAAAUGCCUUGUACUACCGCAGCAACAUGGCUGAUAUGCUUUAUAAUUUAGGAUUACUACUUCAGGAAAACAGCAGGUUUUCAGAGGCAUUGCAUUACUAUAAACUGGCAAUUGGUAGCAGACCCACACUAGCUUCUGCCUAUUUAAAUACUGGUAUCAUCCUGAUGAACCAAGGGAAGACAGAAGAAGCCAGGAGGACUUUCCUGAAGUGUUCAGAGAUCCCUGAUGAAAAUUUGAAAGAUCCUCAUGCUCAUAAAAGCUCUGUUACUAGCUGUCUUUAUAACUUAGGAAAACUUUUUCAUGAACAAGGACACUAUGAGGAAGCCCUUACAGUUUACAAAGAAGCAAUACAGAAAAUGCCAAGGCAGUUUGCACCACAGAGUUUGUACAACAUGAUGGGAGAAGCCUAUAUGAGAAUGAGUCGGCUGCCAGAAGCAGAGCGCUGGUAUGUGGAGUCACUGCGAUCCAAGAGCGACCACAUCCCAGCCCAUCUCACCUACGGAAAACUGCUGGCUCUGACGGGACGCAAAAGUGAGGCAGAAAAGUACUUUGUGAAGGCCAUUCAGCUGGAUCCUACCAAAGGAAACUGCUACAUGCAUUACGGUCAGUUCCUCCUAGAAGAAUCCCGCCUGAUAGAAGCAGCUGAGAUGGCAAAAAAAGCAGCUGAACUUGAUAAUACAGAAUUUGAUGUUGUUUUCAAUGCAGCCCAUAUGCUCAGACAGGCCAGUCUCAAUGAAGAAGCCGAGAAGUAUUAUGAAAUGGCAGCAGGAUUAAGACCUAAUUAUCCAGCUGCCUUAAUGAAUCUUGGAGCCAUUCUCCAUCUGAAUGGUAAACUGAAAGAGGCCGAAAAAAACUACCUCCUUGCUCUUCAACUUAAACCUGAUGAUGUCAUCACUCAGUCCAAUCUUCGCAAAUUGUGGAAUAUCAUGGAGAAACAAGGUUUGAAGACAUCCAAAACAUGAUAAUGAAAACCUUGAACUUUUUUUUCUUAAACUGAUUCAAACCACGAACUAAAACUUCUACACAGCUGUCCAAUCAGAGAACACAUUGGACUUGACUGCAAGGUCAGAGGUCUUAAUUGCUGCUAGGAGAAGCUGUUCUGCUUUUUUGGCAUAAGUUUUUUGCUAGAUAAAUGGAAAAAGGGAGAUUUAGAGAUAUUCAUGAAGGACUUGUUACCCCACAAAAAUAUUUAGAACCAUAGCACUUCAGAGAGGGGUGUUUUUGGAAUAUUUGAUAAAUCAUUGCAAAUCCCAUAUUGCUCACUUUGGGGUGGGUACUUGAAAUGUAUACUGUCAUAGAAAUACUAAGGGAAUAUUGUACAGUAUACACUAAGCCAUAUGGCACUAAAAGUGGUAAUAGUAGGUUAAAAUAUUUUGCUGAUACUGUAACUCAUUAAAAUGUAUACUAAAUCCAGUGUGUUUGCAGUUUGUCUUAAUGCUGCUGUAUCUCAUUUUAGGACCAUUUACUUAGCAAUUUCACAGCGUAUAUGGACUAUUUACAUUUUUUUUUUCCCCAAACCUGUCACUUGUGACUAGAUUACAGCAUUCAAAUUUGUUUACUGAGAAUAUGCAUAUUUUUUCAGCUUGUUAAGUUUUAAUGCAGUUUUCCUGAGAUACACAGUCAAAUAGCAGUGGGCUAGACAGAAUGAGCAAGGAAUGGCCCAUAUUCUACAUGAGAUGUGUAUGUAGGGUGGAAAAAGAAAAAUAAGUCCAGAGGUGUGAUUUAGCAAUACAAGCAAGACUGACAAUUGCCUUGGUAUCAAAUGAGUGUGAUCAGACAUUCCCCUUAAGAAAAAAAAUACUAGUAUAAUUGAACAAUGUGUUUGACUCUCUUUACAUUAGUAUCAGGUAAGAUCAAUUUUAAACUGGUCUCUGCUUACAAUAUUUUUUCAAGAACUCAGCCAACUGAGGUUUGAAAAUAUUAGUGCUUGGAUAUGCUACAAAUGAGACUUCAUGAGCAACUUGGAGAAAAGGGAAUUUUAUACAUUGAUGAGAGUAGCAAAUAACCGAAGGGUGUGGAUUAGGUCAUGCUGAAAGCAGUGUAGAUAAAGAGAAAUCUGUAAAGGUGGUUACCAGUUAGUUUUCACAGUGGUGUUGUUUUAAAAAUUAUUAUCUAUUGAGAUUCUAACCAAAUAUUAGCAUUUUGUUUGUAUUCUGACAUGCUUGCUAGCAGCAGAGCUGUCAAAUAUCUAAAUAUGUUUUUGGUGAGGUUCAGUUUAUUUCACUUUCAAAUGAUUUGGCCUAGCUGCUGUUUUAGCCUUCCGUUCUUAAAUGUAAAAAUAAUUUAUUUUAAAUUGCAGUGUAUUGAAACUUUAGACAGUUUUUUUCCAGGCCAUUUGUUAAGUGCUUGCUUUCUUUGGAAUAAGUAUUAUUGCUUGUAAGAAAAUUUACUAUUUCGUUUAAUGACCUGUGGGGUAUCUGCUUCAGUGUUCUUUUCAUAAUGGUAGAUAUAAUGUAAAAUGGUAGAGCACCUUGAAUUAAAGCUUCUUCAGGAUCUUCUGUUAAAAACUCUUUAUUACUGGGAAAGGGUUUUUUGUUUAGUUUUGAUUUGGUUUGUUGUUAGGGUUUUUUUUGUUGUUUUGGUUUUUUUCUUUUUAAUUGUUGAGCACCAUUCCAAGAAAACUGUAGCGAAUAAUACUUUGCUGUAUUUAUUUAUUUAUUACUUGACUGCAGCAAUGUUACCUGCCAUUAACACACAGUCUUUAAGAGUUGCUUUAUCUUUUAUUUGGUUUUCCCUGCAUAUUUUGUGGCUAGUGUGUGUACCUAAUGGGAAAGGGGGCAUUUGAGUUAUACUCUACCUCCUUGGUCAUUCUUCCCUUACAGUUAGGUUUUAAAUCUGUCUUGAAAUAGAUAGGGAAGUAGCUGUUUCAAAGUCAGUAGAGUAAAAAAUUGUAGUUGUGUGCAUUUCCUUUUCUUUCCUCUUGCUCUCUAAAAUACCUUAACUUGCUAAGUUUACAAGUGGCCUACCAGAAGGGCCGGAGGGGCAAGAUGGUUUGGUUUUGUGGAGUGUGUCAAAUUUUUUCUCAAAUAAUGUUAUGGCUGGAAAAGCAAAAUUGAAGGCUGAAAAGCUGAAUUUCUACUUUACUAUUGAAACCAGUGUUAGAAUACAGUGGUAGCUUGAACUUAUUCUCCUGCUUUACUGACUUUCUGGAAAAACUAUAGAAAUAAAGUAGUUAGUAACUGUAACUGAACUCAGUAUAAAACUGUGGUAUCCUGCAGCUUUAUUUGCUCAACGGCCAUCAAACUUUGAUGGCUUCUUGGUCUGAACGAUUCACUAUGUUAUUUGUCUCCUUCUACAUGUACUUAUUCUUGUUUAAUAAUUUUUAUUCAUUGCACAAAUGGGGGGAGGGGGAGCACUCUUGUGAUGCAACAUCAUGCUCCCGAUGAUAACUGUUUAUGUUUGUUUCUUUAAAAAAAAGAGGUAAAAGAAAGAAAAAAGGACUAGCAUAAAUUUAACAAGAAUGUCCCUGAAUACAUUUUUUUAAUAUAAGUCUGCGCUUAAUAACUUUCUUCUUUUGGGAUAAAUUUCAAACAUGUUUAAAAUAUGUCUCUCUGCUCAGGGAUUUAUGGUGGAUUAUUGCAGACAGUGCUAAAAAAAAAUAAAGAGCACAAGACAAGUUUACUAAAUUAAAAUUUUAUUUUUUGAAAAACUGUUAUUUGUAUAAAUUAUCAGAUUUGUAGGCUUUCCUUUUUGUAGAAAUAAUUGUUUAUGUGCCCAAUAAGAGAAUUUCAAUUUUGUUUUCAAUAAUAAAGCAUUGAUAACUAAUA